AUGAACAAAAAAAACAGUUCCACUCAACAACAACAAACUACAGCCAUUGCUGAUGCUAGUACCUGUGAACCUGUUACAAAAAGACGUAAACGUUUUGGAGAAGAGUUUGAGACAGGUAAUAUCAGUGAUGAAUUUGACGACGAGCAUGAUGAUGAAUUAAGCAAAUAUCUUAAGCAACGCAUUGAGGUCGAUUCAAUCGACGAUAAUCCUUUAAAGUUUUGGUAUGAACAUCGAUUCAUUUAUCCAAUAUUAUCAAAACUUGCUCGAUCAAUUUUCUCAAUUCCAGCUACUACAGCUAAUGUCGAACGCCAAUUUAGUGCCGGCGGUUUGAUGGUCAACUCUAGACGUACUCGUUUAAAUCCACAACAAAUAAACAAUGCAUUGUUUAUUCGUUCAGUUAAAAAAAAUGAAUGA